AUGUUUCGAUUGCGCUUGUUUUGGGUGCUGUGCUGGUGCGCCAGCUGGAUUAGCAAUGCUGCUGAGGGGCAGGAGGAGGUGGCGAUUAUUAAGUCACUGGCUGAACAGAAAAACGAUGGCUCCUAUUUCUUUGCCUAUGAAGGCGCCGAUGGCAGUUACCGCGAGGAAGUGGGCAUCGUGAAGCGACGCUCAAAUAAUCACGUACAUAGACACGAUCGAGCUGAUGAUCAAGAUGAUGAUGAUGACCAAGUGGAGCUGGAAGUAUCUGGCGUUUAUCGCUAUAUUGAUGACAAUGGGCAGCAUGUGGAGGUCAGCUAUGUGGCCGACAAGAAUGGCUUUGUGCCAAUGGGCACACACAUAACCAAGGAGAUAACUGAGACGGCACAUAAUGCUGUCCAGGCGCUGAAAGUGCAAGCAGGCAAGCAGUUAUAA